CCCGGCUUGUGCAGGGAAGGGAGUGAGGCGAACAUGGCUGAAAGCAGCCGGGGUGGCCCAACGUGCGGCGGGGUGGGCGGCAGACAGGAUCCCAUGUCCAGCGCUGGCGGCAGCAACUUUCCAGAGUACGAGCUUCCCGAGCUAAACACGCGCGCUUUCCACGUGGGUGCCUUCGGGGAGCUGUGGCGUGGCCGGCUGCGCGGGUCAGGGGACUUGUCGCUGAAGGAGCCGCCGGCACCCGCACUGCCCGGGCGCCGAGGGGUCGCCGACGCCGGCCGGGAGGAUGCCGCGGUGGCCCGGGAUCUGGGCUGCAACCUGGAGGCGGCAGCGGAGCUGAGAGCGGUGUGCGGCCUCGAUAAACUGCAGUGCCUUGAAGAAGGCGAGGAUCCGGAAGUCAUCCCAGAGGAUACUGACCUAGUGACUUUGGGGGUUAGAAAGAAGCUCCUAGAACAUCGGGAAGAAACCAUAACAAUAGAUCGGGUCUGCAGACAAGAAACAUUUGCUUACGAGAUGGAGUCACAUGCCAUAGGAAAAAAGCCUGAAAAUCCCACAGACAUGAUUGAAGAAGGGGAGCUUAUCCUGUCUGUGAAUAUCUUGUACCCUGUUAUUUUUCAUAAGCACAAAGAACACAAACCAUAUCAGACGAUGCUGGUAUUGGGCAGUCAGAAGCUUACAGAACUGAGAGAUUCAAUCUGCUGUGUCAGUGACCUCCAGAUUGGUGGGGAAUUCAGCAACACUCCUGAUCAAGCCCCUGAGCACAUCAGUAAAGACCUCUACAAGUCAGCCUUCUUCUAUUUUGAAGGAACGUUUUACAAUGAUAGAAGAUACCCCGAGUGCAGGGAUUUGAGCAGAACCAUCAUUGAGUGGUCAGAGUCGCAUGAUAGAGGCUAUGGAAAGUUUCAGACUGCAAGCAUGGAAGAUUUCACCUUCAAUGACUUGUGUAUUAAACUGGGUUUUCCUUACUUAUACUGUCACCAGGGAGACUGUGAACAUGUUGUUGUCAUUACCGACAUAAGGCUUGUGCAUCGUGAUGACUGCUUGGAUAGGACACUUUAUCCCCUUCUUAUCAAAAAGCAUUGGCUAUGGACCAGAAAAUGUUUUGUUUGUAAAAUGUACACAGCCAGAUGGGUGACAAACAAUGACAGUUUUGCACCUGAGGACCCAUGUUUCUUUUGUGAUGUUUGCUUCCGAAUGCUCCACUAUGAUUCAGAAGGCAACAAACUGGGGGAAUUCCUCGCCUAUCCUUAUGUUGAUCCUGGAACCUUUAACUAAUAACAAGUGUACCCUUGUGAAAUAACUACGCUUGGAUGGUGACUUUAUUUCCAAGAAAUGCCACUACGGAGCAGGAUCCACUUGAAACAAUCAGCUAAAGUUACCACCGCCCCCCAACCCCCAAAGUUCAAAUCACAGAUUGUCUUACAAAGUAACUUGAUUGCAUUUAGAUGUUUAGAAAUAAAUUAAAUUACUUUAGUAUUUAUUCCAAAGUACAGUUUUCAGUUAGUGCUUUUUGCCCAUUUUUAAGUGAGUUGUUUAUCUUAUUGAGUUGUAGGAGUGUUUUAUAUAUUCUGAAUAUAAAUACUUUGUCAGAUACAUGUAUUCUGAUUUUCUCCCAGUCUGUGGCUUGCCUAUUCAUUCUGUAUCCAGAGUACGUUUUGCUCAUCUAUCAUUAGCAAAAUUCAAUGAAUAAUACAUCAAGUGGUGGCAGUUUUGAAAAUUCUUUGAAGAAUGUGAGAGCUACACCUUGUACCAUUGAGGCUUCCAAGGUUGUCUUAAAUGUGACUGAACUCCACAUUCCCUGGAUGACUAAGAACAUUUACCAUAUAAAUCAAAAACUGAUGAAGACUGUCUAAGCCUGUCUGUCUGAAACAUUGACAGUGAAAUGUUUUAUGGACUUAAAUGCCACAUAGCCGAUUAAGUCACCUGUUGUGUAGAGGACAAGCGCCUGUUUCCGGUAUGUCUAGCGGUGUUCUCAGUCACUGAUUAAGUCAGUACACUGGCUUAUGUUACUGCGUCAAUUUUUACUUUCAUGUUUCCAGUUAUGCUCAAUUUAACAGAUUGAAAAUUCUGCUGGAAAACCAUAGAUUUAUGCAAUUUCCAAAAGUUCCACAGGUAAAAAUGCAUUUUUGCUUCCUUUAUUUUUACACUGCAUUCCUCAUAGGUCUUGCAUUAAUUAGUAUGCAAGGGUCUGUGCACUUUUAUUCAUUCUCAUCAUUUCAUAUUCUCAAAAUGGCAAAUCCCAGGAAGUGAACUGUCAUAAUGGAAGCAUUAAUCCACAUGUGGUGCCAAUCAAUUCCUAAAAGGAAGAUUGUCAGUUAAAACAUUAACUGCUGUUGAAAUUCUUGUUGUAUCAUUUAUUGAGAAUGUUAUCCUGCUGGUUCUUAAGGUUAACUUUUUAACUGAAGUUACAAAGGCUCAGAUACCUUUGUCUUAUCGUUUCCUGGUGAAAUGUAGAAAGGAAAAGCUAACUAGGUUACUCCUAGAAUUUGCCACUGUAUCAGUUAUACAGGUCUCCCACCAAGUUCAAGUCAAAAGAAGCUCCUGAAUUUGAAAUAGGCAUAAAAGAUGUCUUGAAUCAGGGAUUUUAUACCUGCGAAAUUCAGUAUUAAACACAACAUGACUGAGUACAUCUACAAAGAAAAAAGCAAAUAUGAAACUGUCAUGAAUUUUCAACAUCCUCUGUAGUUUGAACCGAAUUAGAUUUUGAUAAAAUAGUGGAUGGUCAUGCAUGAAAUCACUACUUAGGUAUUUAUUUCCUUAAACAUCUUUUUCAGGCUUCAGUAUGCUUAAAGGAUAAUUUGACCUUUGUUCCAUUUAUCAUUACAUAGCACAAAUAUAAACACAUUUCUACCUAUAAAGAAGCUUCAUUUCUUAAGGUGUAAUGAUGGGUUUGCUAUUUCCAAUAGAUCAUCCGUUCUCUAGCCAAUGGGACAAAAUAAGUUGUUAGCGGAGCCUUCGCUUUUGUAUAGGACUAGAUGGCAGACUUCAUCUUGACCUGACAUCUUGAGCCAGGUAAGUG